UCUGGUAUUGAUAUCAUUUGAGUAGCAAAUAUUUCGAUAUAAUGAUAAAUAUUUUUGUAUUGUGUAUUUGUGCUCGUCAUUAUCUAAGAGUAAAUGCCAAGUAGCCCUAUUUCGUGAUGCUUAUUCCAUAUUAAUGCGAUCUAGAGAUUUUACAUCAAUAUUAUUUGAAUGGACGUAAAGUAUAUAUAUAUUUUUUUAACCAAUAACUAAAAUGGAUAUUGCAAAUGACAAUGACAUGGGACUCACUACGGAACAAACAGAGAAAGUUUUGCAAUUUCAAGAUCUAACUGGAAUAGAAGAUAUAUCGAUUUGUAGAGAUGUUCUACAUAGGCACCAAUGGGAUCUCGAGGUAGCUAUUCAGGAGCAACUAAACAUUAGAGAAGGUAGACCUUCAAUUUUUGCUACGACUGAAAGUAGGCCACCGGCAGUAGUCAAUGAUCAUUCUAAUCAGCGAAUAUAUACAACACCUGCCAGUUCAGAUCCACCUGUUGGAAUAACCGGAUAUGUUGGAUAUGUUUUCAAUAUGAUUGUGUCACUCUUUUAUAAUACAUUUUCCUCAAUCUUAAACACGUUACUGAGUAUAUUUAGAGAUGACUCGAGAAGGAUUAUAACAGACCCUUUAGCUGAUGUAAUGGGAUUUAUUAGUAAAUAUCGUGAGCAAUAUGGAAGCCAGCCAGUAUUCUAUCAAGGAACAUAUGCACAGGCUGUAAAUGAUGCAAAGAGGGAAUUGAGAUUUUUACUUGUAUAUCUACACUCCGACAAUCAUGCUGAUACAGCAUUAUUUUGUAGGAACACUUUGAGUCAUGAACAGGUUUCACAGUACAUAUCAUUACACACUCUAUUAUGGGGCUGUAAUAUUCAAUCUCCUGAAGGAUGGCGUGUUGCCCACAGUUUAGCCGUUCGUAGAUAUCCCGUUUGCGCCGUUGUGGCUUUGAGAGAUCAUAGAAUGACUGUUGUAGGAAGAAUAGAAGGUGCUACUGAUAAAGAUUUGUUUUUGCAACGACUUGAAUCUCUCCUUUCCGACAAUGAAAUUUACUUAACACAGGCUAGAGCAGAUAGGUAUGAACGUAGUUUAACGCAAUCUCUGAGAGCUCAACAAGAUGAGGCAUAUGAGCAAUCACUACGAGCUGAUCAAGAGAAGGAACGACUUAAGGAACAAGAAAGAUUGAAACAAAAGUCAAAAGAAAAUGAAGAGAAGCAACGGCAGCAAGAAGAAGAACAACGGAAACAAAAAAUAGCUGAAGAAAAAUUGAAUGUAUGGCAAAAAUACCAGAAGAACCACCGAUUGAUGCACCAGAAGUCCUAUUUAUUGUUAUAAAGCUACCUUGUGGUAAACGUCUUGAACGUAGAUUCCUGUCUAGUCAUUCCAUUGAAGAUAUAUUCUAUUAUGUCUUUUGUCAUCCGGAUGCUCCAGAUGAGUUUGAGAUUAUAACAAACUUUCCAAAGCGAGUUUUGCAGGUGAACCGUGGUGGUGUAUCAAUGACUCUUGCGCAAGCUGGACUUAAAACAAGAGAAGUUCUUUUUAUAAAUGAUUUGGAUGCAUAGGUUGAAUAUUUGUAUUUAAUAUAGAAUAUGAAAUUUUUAAUUUAUUUGUUUGAGCAAUAAUCAGUUUGCUGAUGAGUGUUGCUUUUGGACAGUUUUAUGUAUAUCAGUAUCUUAUUUACAAAAUAUAUUAAAGUAUAUUAACACAGUAUGCAGAUUAUUU